AUGAGGAUUGCCUGUUUGCAGUUCGCCCCUCAGGUUGGGGAUAUCGACAACAACCUCAAUCGUGCCGAUUCGGUCCUUAAUCGCGCGAAUCCCCAAAACUUGGACUUACUGGUCCUUCCAGAGCUGGCCUUCACUGGAUAUAAUUUUCGCUCUUUGCAUCAUAUCAGUCCUUAUCUCGAGCCUAUGACAUCGGGCAUUACCUCGUUGUGGGCGAGGACCACAGCUCUGAAAUAUAACUGUGUUGUUACAGCAGGCUAUCCAGAGAAAGUAGAUUUGAGUCCGAAAUGGCCAGCAUCUCCGGAGUACUACAACUCGGCAAUCACUGUCAAUGCCGACGGUGAAACUAUAGCAAACUAUCGGAAAUCGUUCCUCUUUUAUACGGACGAAACAUGGGCACUCGAAGGUCCUGAUGGUUUUUAUGACGGCAACAUCGAGGGUCUCGGAGACGUGGCAAUGGGUAUCUGUAAGUGGCCCAACGAUCCUGCCGAGCGUAUGGAUCUCAAUCCAUAUAAAUUCGAAGCUGCUUGGAACGCUUGGGAAUUCGCUCACCAUGUUCUCCAUAGACAGUCUAACCUCAUAAUUCUCUCUAUGGCGUGGAUGACACGUGAAAACGGCAGAUCGUUCUGUAGGACUCCGAAGGAACCAGAUAUGGACACGCUCUCGUAUUGGUUGGCCCGACUGGAACCGAUUAUUCGUAACGAGGGGGAGGAAGAAAUCAUCGCCGUGUUCGCGAAUCGAACGGGUACCGAGGAAAAUGCUGUGUACGCCGGGUCUAGUGCAGUUCUAGGGAUUCAAGCUGGCGAGGUCAAGGUCUACGGGAUACUUGGACGAGGAGACAGAGAACUACUUGUUGUUGAUACCUCUGAGCGGCCGAAGUUACAACUUGUUUCCGAACCGAGGGAUGCAACGCCGCCAGCACCUACCAUCGAACGUGGUAUAGCUCCCUCUGCUGCCCUCGAUGCAAUUGCUUUUGCUGCCGCCACUGCAAACAAAAUUUCGGAAACACGAUUAUCGACAUCCUCGGACUCUGCCAAUGAUUCCGAUCAGAGCCUGAGCAGCCAGCAAUCUAUCUCCACGAGUCAUACCUCAAUAGAUCUCCCGCAACUGACCACCCAAAUGACAAUAUCGACAACCAAAUCAUCAUUGGUUACUCCUCAACUGGAUUCGUGUUCCUUCUCGCCGAUUUCACCCGUUGGAAAUCCGACCACACAAGCAUACUUCCCAGAAAAGACCACUACAGAACCUUGUCCCCAUGAGCCGAAGCAAGUGAAGGAGAGGAAGCUGACGCCAGUUCCGCAGAGUACCGAGCACGGCAAGUUUGUAGAGCGACAUCCAACACCAAUUCCUAUUCCGUCAGUCUAUUCAAGGCCAGCUUCGCCUAAGUCUAGAAAUUGCAGUCGCUCUAGAGGAGCGGCCCUACAGGUUUUGCCGCCAAUUGAUGGUUCGAUAUCCAGGAUGGGUAGCAUCCUCAGCGAUGAGCAGAGGCUUCAAGAGUCUCUUGCCCUGGGAAGUAUGAGUAUGAUUGGACAGGGGAUUGAUUUCGAAUCAUUUAUUGAGGAGCGUCUCGAUCCCAAUGAGAUCAUUUACAUCGAGGGCGAGGACGACCAGCAUUUUGAGAGUGUAGUUGGGAACAUCCUUGAGGAUGCACGGGAAGAUCGAGCCGAUUUCAUGGGCGAAUAUAUCAGCAAUCAGCACCCGCCGACAAAAUACUCUCCCUGUUCGGUGUCCCAGGUUGAAUCUAAUAACAGACGCACCAGCAGCCAAUCAGCUAUGUCUCUUUCCCGCGCCUCUCAACAUAGCAUCAAUGUUACUUCGUCUAGAGAGAUAUUUUUGGUCGACCAUUCACGGAGCCGAGAUACAUCCCGAGGUCGAGCUCCAUUACGACCAAGAGUUUCUUCCAGUAGCCGAGUCGAUAUUGGCACUGGGGAUGAGAGUCAGCUAUUGAUGUCCGCUAUCUGUGCCCACAUUCUGGAAUCCCCCACGUUCCAGUCCGUCUGCAACGUCACGCAAUCGAUCGGAACAGUGAACUCAGGCGAUUCUCAGCAUAGAAGCCAGACAGAUACGGCCAAGGCCAGCGAAAAGUCGCUUCCUCUGUUGCCUACCAAAGUUCCACAUUUCGAUUCAUUAUUCACAAGAAACCCUCUCGGCCCUAGGAGUCGGCAUAUUACGCCUCGCCCUCUGAGUACGGUCUGGUAG